CCAGAGGAGGGACAUGCUGCUGCUUCCAGGAACUGCAUGGAGCGAGGCAAGCCCUCAACCCCACUCCCCAAUGAGAGCUCGAGGGCUGGAUUAAGAUGUCUGGAGGGCCGGAUGUAGUUUGCCCACUUCUGGCCUAUAGUGUGUAAGAGCAGAAGGGGUGAGUGUGAGUAAGGUGGUCGAUAGUGGGAACUGUGCUCUCCCAAAACUAUAGUAACUUCCAAGAUUGAGCUUUUUUCUCUGUUGUCCUAAAUAGUAUUUUGCGUGCUCUUCGUACAUAAUGCUGCUCCUUAUAUUCAUUGCACCUUCUCUUCUCAGUUCCCUUAGUGUUGCUUAAUUUUUGAUGGGUUUUGUAUUAUUUAGUCCUAAAAAUAUAAUCAGGUUACUAAUCUAGUCCAAGAAGCACUUUCCAUGCUACACAGAAAGCUGGCUGCUCAUAGGUGCUGGUUCUUGUUUUCAGCUCAGAGAAAUUAAAGUGGAAGGAGGGAGAAAUGAAAUGUUGACCAAAAGUAAACCGUGAGGUUUAUUUUCUUAAAAAAAAAAAAAAAGACAAAACACAUGGAACUAAGACAAAUAAAAAUACGAAUCCUUCGGGUGCUUGAGGCCUGUAGAAACAGAGGAAGAUGCUGUCCGCUGCAAGCAACUUUACAAGCUAAAUACAGUGUGCUAUUGUAUGGCAGGAUGGAAGACUUCAGAAAUAUUGCGGAUGAGACGUUUCCAAGCUUUUUGGCUAACUCACUGAACAGUAAUACCAGUGGGAUUUUGGAGAAUGUCACCAUUUCAUCAAACCUUGGCUUACCUGUUGCAGCUUCAACUGUUGCCAGGACUAAAACAGGUUGUGACAACAGGCUUUCUGAUAUUCAAGCUUCUUAUCUAGAAGAAGGGAGAUUUUCACUGCCAUCAGCAUCUUCUCAUAGUGAUCAGUCUGCUUUGGAGCCAAGGGGGAAGUUAGCUCUCAGCUUUCAGGGUGACUUGGGAGUUACUACACUAAUUACAGAAGCUCAACCCGUUUCUGAUGGUUUGAAAGAGUCAAACUUAGUACAGAGAGGGCACAACCAGGAUGUGAUCGCUGAGUGUUCAAGUCUCAGUCAAGAUACCUUGUUUGACAUAUUACCAAUUGAACACUUGGAAGAUUUGUCCAUUGGAAUAUGUUCAUUACCACAAAGUAAAAAGGAAAACCAGAUUGGUGCACCUGAUCCUGGAGAAAAAAUUUCACCUUCCACCAACUUAAGUGACCAUUUCAGCACAAGUCUUUCAGGUUUCUUAGAAAAUGAGAAACUGCUGUCUCUUGCAAGCCUAGAAGGAAACUCAGUUGUAGAUGACAAUAUUGAUGAUGAAGAGUUCUAUGACAACCAACUGGAAGCCUAUUUCAAACAGCUGGUGUCACCAGAAGUGCCAAGAGGUGAUUGUGAAAGACAGGAACUUUCAGAAUGUAGUACAGCAUUGAAGCUGCCUGAAAAUGGAUUAAAACAGGAGGAUUUCCAAAUGCCUCAUAUUCACCAAGCUGCCACAGGAAUGGAUUCUGCAACUGCUAGUUAUGAAGAUUCACAUGAAUUGGAGAAAGCUGGACAUAAUGUACAAACAGAACCAUUCUUCUUGCCAAAAAUGGUAAGACAACUGAUACGCGAAACUGACAAGCCAAGUUUUAGACCUGGACUAGAAGGCAAUAGUUCUGAUGAGACUUCUGUUGGAACAGUAGCCAAUAAUUCCAAAAUAGAAUACAGUCAGUCUGCAGAGCAUCAGGUUAUUGGUCUAUCAGUAACAGGAAAUGGUUGUGGCCCUGGAGAUCUUGGUAGUGGAAGUGAAGGAACAGCUUUGGUACCACUAUUUCCCCCUAACAUACAGUGUUUUGAUACAGGGGGAAUUGGAAGAAACAUAACUGGAGAAGAAAAUGAAGUCUUAGUCCAGGCUUCUUCCAAAUAUAUGACUCUUGAUGAUAUUCCUACUCACAAUGAGGAUGCCAUUAAUGGUGAAGAUGUACUAAAUUCCAUCAGCGUUGCUGAAUUCAAACUAGAUUCAUUAUAUCUUCAGCACAUGAGUGUCAAUAAGACUGUGGUUGAUCUCUCCGAUGCUAUUUUAGAGCAGAGAACACAAUUCUCUAACUUGUGUCAUGCCUUUUCAUCUGAUGCUGAAGAAGUAUUGCCCUUGACAGAUGGGGUAUUUGUGUGUGACACAGCUCCUCAAAGUCCUGUCAAUGAAAAUGCAGCUGUGACUGAUAUAAAUCUAGUUGAUGAGUGUGGACUUGGUCUGGCUGAUACUUACCUAUCUCCAACUGCUGGUGGUAGAGCAAAUGAAUAUCAAGAUGCAGCAGAAGAAGUAAAUUCAGCAUUUUAUGACCUGGAUGACCCACCACACAGUGUUGUCUAUCAAAAUGAAGAGGGAAAAUGGGUGACUGAUCUGGCAUAUUAUACCUCAUUUGAUAAAGAGCAAGACUUAAAUCUGCAUACAGACAAUAAAAUAAGUGAGGACUUCAUAACUGCAUCUGAAGCAAUAGCUAAGAUCGCACAAGAUCAAGAAGAAUUUGAGAGAGAUCACAGAUUUUUGCAGGAAGAAAAAAUAGACACACACAAUACAUCUGAAGUAGAGGAUACAUCAUGGAAAUCUGCCAAUAGCUAUAACCUGCUGAAGGCAUCCCAAACAACAUCUGAUCUUAGUAAAGACGCUAGCUACUUACGUUUGUCUUUGGGGGAGUUCUUUGGUCAGAGAUCGGAAGCUCUUGGCUGUCUUGGCGGAGGCAGUGAUGUGAGAAGGCCAUCUUUUGGUUAUCAUAUUACAUCUCCAGAGAAAAGGCAACCUGUAGCUUUGUUAAGGCAGUCUGAUGCAUCAAGAGGCAACUCUGAGCAAGAGAGUUCACAAAUUUCUGAUACGUUUUUUCCAGAAGUCAUAAAAGUACAUGCAAGGGAAUAUCCAGACUCUGUGUCAGACACGUUCACUGUCGAUGAAAUGGAGACUACAGCAGGAAUAAGUAAAGGCAUAAAUACGCAAACUGCUACUGAAAGUAAAAUAGAGGAAAGACUUGAUAAAAGCAAAUUUGAAGACAAGCUGCCUGAUUUCAUAGAUCCUAUCCUGAGCAUAAGCACAAUUGCUUCAGCUAUUGCUAAUGCAUCUGCUAGUGCUGAUCCUUCUCAAUUAGCUGCUAUGAUAAUGGCUCUUUCAAAUAAAAGUAGAGAGAAACCCUUCCUUCCUAAAGCUGAUAAAGAUACAGACCUCUCCUUCAUUAAUCAGCUUUUAUCCAGCAAAAAAGAAAAGCAUAAUGCUUUUAAUAUGGAGAAAUAUCUUAAAAAGACUGAAGAGGCUGGGCAUGAAAGUGAGCCUGAAAACUUUACAAGAUCUGAUGUAUCUGCCCAUGAUCUUAUUUGGGAUAGUUCUUUACCAUAUAAACAUAAAAGUCAAGAUACUCAGGCAGCAGACUUGCUAAAUAGUAAUCUUAUGAAGCAAGGAGGAGGGAAAUGGCUUCUGGACUGUGCAGAAAACUUUUAUGAAGAAAAUGGCACCCAGAAUUCCUCUUGUCCAUCUGACUUCUGUGAGAAUAGAAAGAAAACUGUAAACAAGGCUAAGCAUUCAGAAAAAUCAUCUGAUUUGAUAACUGGUAAACAGCCACAGCCCAAGAGAACUAGCCUUACUUUAAAUGUACUAGAUACAGAAAAGACAUGCAGUGAAAAUGAGAGACAAGGAUUUUUGAGUGUGCCUGCAACAAAAAAGGAGAUGGUGUGUAUAGGCAAGUGUACUUCAAUAAAGCAAUUUGCUAGCCAAACCAAUAGCCUCACAAGCUCACAUAUUAACGAUUCCAAUGAAAAUAAAGAAACAACUCAUCAGGUGAUGAACAAAAUUGUUUCUAGAUCAAGUAAUGACUCAAUGAAGAGAGCAACUACAGAAAGCACAGUGUCAACCAACAGCUUAAAACUUGUCCAGCAGUCUAGUAUUCCAUUACCUAUAAGUCCCACCAACAUAAAACCUACACAGAAACUGAGCAAAGCUGAGAAGAGACAAGGUGGAAAAAUGCAAAAAGGAAUCAAGGAGGCUCAUGCUACUUGCAAUAAUUUUGUAAAACACGUGACUUUUGAGAAGCCUUCUGUGACUUCCCCAAGAAGUAUCGAUCACAAACCCACAUCUUCUGAAUGUGACUUACAGUCGUCAGAGGAUGAACAAUAUAGCUUCAGACCCUCAACUUCACCAUUAAUUCAUUCUUCUCCCAGCGAAGCUUCUGGAACAACUCUUUCAGGAUCUGAAGCUGAUUCUCCUUGCACAGCACCUUAUUUUCAGAGUUCUGCCUGCAAUGACAGUACCUUAAUUGAGUCAGUAUGUUCAAGUCCUAGCAUGAGUCAACUGACAUAUGUCUCUGCAACUGACAAUACCCUUAAGAAUAUAGCCAUGAUACCUAGUGCAGUGAGACGUGAGAGUAAUAAUGCUAGUGAGUUGAGCACAACAAUAAUUCGAUCCAGUCCAACUCCAUUAGUAGAGCAGACUACUGAAAAACCCGCAGACUUCUCAUGGCAAAGAAAUAGAGGAACAUCACUCAACACUAGUCAAAAGAAUGUGAAUGAGAAACCAGAAGCAAGUGAGUCUACAGGUCCUAGCAACAAACUUGAAGAUUCAGUACCUAACUAUAAAUUGUGUUUACCAAGAAGUGAAAAUGAGUUUACAUCUAGUCUUCCAAACACAACAUCCAGUCAGAACAAAAUGGGACAUGUUAAUCCAGCUUUACCAAGCAAGUCAUGUGUCCUUCAGCCAUUGUCUAUUAAUGUUGAUACACCUGUAGCUUGUCAGGAUCAUACAAACAAAACAAAGAAGCCAGGAUUGUCCUCUUUAAAUAUGGUACCCACAUACAGUGCAUUAGGUGUUUAUAUUCCAUUAAAUCAAAACACGUGUGGUGAACAGUAUAUUCCUAUUUCAAGCUUCAAAUCCCAUGGAUCUGCCUCUGAGACUCAGACAGUGUCUUCUGCAAUUCCCACGCUACUUACUGGACGUUCACUUGCAACAACAGCAUUUGCUCAACAAUAUCUGGGAAACAUGCAAUCCAGUGGAAAUAUUGCUUUGUCUCAAUGUGGUAGCAGCUGCACCGCUUGUUGUCUUCCAGCAGGACUUCCUUUUUCUAGCAUCCCAGCAGGACACAUUCAGAAUUCAGUUACAGUAGGAAUUCCUUUAGGUCCAAGUGUUGGGCCUGGAUUGUUGGGUACAUCUUCACUUUGUAAUCCAUACUCUGGUUCCUGGAAUACGAAUAUUUUAAGCACAGAAUCGUACAUUGGGCAGUCUGCUGGCCCUAGUGGAAGUCAACAGUGGGAGCCAUCUGGGCUUGGACGCGUGAGAGUACCAGAAGAGCUGAAGUUUCCCAAUGCUUGUUGUAUAGGAAUUGCAUCACAAACUAGUCUUGGUAUUUUUAAUCCAACUGAAAGAUGGUUGCAGGUCAGCAUUGGAAUUGUCAGUAUUUCAAUUAAUGGAGAAAAGAUGGAUCCUCUGAAAUGUCAGUGUCUAGUGUUCAAGAACAAAACCAUCAUAGGACCUCAUUCUUCAGAAGAGCUGAAAAUACUUUUCUUACCUUGUCAUCCUGGAAUCUUCCAGUGUGUCUUCAGUAUUUCAUCUUGGCCGGUUUCUGCAGAUGCUGAGACAAUAGUCCAGGCAGAAGCUUUGGCAACUAGGGUAGUUUUGACAGCAGUUGCUGAAAAUCCUAAUCUCGAGGUGGAAACAGGAAAGACAGAUGGUCUAGAUUUUGGUGACCUAUCAUCUGGCAGUUGGAAGGCUCUUCCACUAAAACUAAUCAACAAGACCCAUGCUUCCGUGCCCAUCAGACUUAUUAUCAAAGCAAAUGCUGUAGCGUGGCGUUGCUUCACGUUUUCCAAGGAACCAGUUAAUACUUCUAUUGAAUGUGCACCUCAGACUGAUGCAGUCUCUCAGCUAGCAGCCCCAUCAGUUGUGAACCAUGUGAUACACGCAAGUUAUGAUGGACAAGAUCCUGAAGUCUUAGUAGUGUGGGUCUUGUUCCGCGCGCCAAAGAAACAAAUCUCUCUUUCAGAUAUCUUGGGUCCAGCAGAUGAGUUCUUAGCAAGAGUUGAUGUAGAGGUUGACAGUCCAGGGCCUACUAGUGUGAUAAAAAGUAUUCCCCUCAGAGCAAGAGCUGGAACAGCUAGGAUACAUGCUCCAAAGGACUUACAGGCCAUGUGUCUGUCUGCUAGUGUGGGUUCUUCAGCCAAGCAGCAGCUGCCUUUAAAGAAUGCUGGAAAUAUUGAAGUCUAUUUAAAAAUUAAGACAUCAGGUCAAGAUGACUGCAUUUCUGUUGAACCUGAGGAUCUUUUCCUUAUGCCUGGAGAAGAACAAGAAGUGACAGUCCUAUUUUCUCCAAAAGAUUUAAAAACCAGUAGUGAAAGUAUCUUGAAAAUCCUUGUGUUGCCAUCUGGACCUCAGUAUGAAGUGGUGGUAAAAGGUGAGGUGAAUAUUUUGGGAAACAGACCACUGGCAACGACUUCCUGCUACUCAGACAUUCCACCCAUUCUCUCCAACAAGCAGUUCAUGGCAUGGGGAGGGGUUACACUUGGAAGAACAGUUCAACAGAAACUAACUCUGCGAAAUAACUCUCCAUCUGCAACUCAGCAUUUACGACUUUUGAUAAGAGGUCAAGAUCAGAACUGCUUUCAGUUGAGAAAUACAUUUGGUACAGAAGAGCGGUUGACUAGUAAUCAGGAGGUCAAAAUCCGCCCAAGAGAAGAUACCAAUAUCUUCUUGAUGUUUGCACCCACUCAUGUAGCUUGCAUGUUAGCAAAACUUGAAAUCAAACAGUUGGGGAUUCAGUCGCAACCAGGAGUCAAGUUUACUAUACCUUUGUCUGGAUAUGGGGGAACAAGCAAUGUAAUUUUAGAAAACGUUAAAAAACUCUCUGACAGUUACAUGGUAACACUGAAUGGCUUAUUGCCUGAUAAAUUUAGAGAAGUUACUUUCCGCAUAAGAAAUAUGGGCUUUCGAGCUGCCUAUGUUAAAGCGCUGUGCUUUAGGGACCUUCAGUCAAAAGCUGUCAUGGAUCCUAAAGUGGUAGUUGUUUCUCCAGAGAAAUUUGUACUUAAGGAAGGAACACAAGAGAUGGUCACAGUAACAUGUAAUCUAGUGGAAAGAGAAGAAAUGUUACAUAAAACAAAUACAUCAAUAUUAUCUACAAUAUGCUUCUUUUGUGGAGAUGAAGUUUCCAGGCAACAGUAUCGCAGAGCUGUGCUGUAUAAACCAGAGGCAGCAAAACACAUACUCCCUGAAAACAGCAUGCUGAGAAACAUUACCUUUGAUGAAGAAUUUCAAGGGGAACAGCUAGUGAUGGAAGUAUAUGACUUACCACAAAGGACAAAUGACAUCGAGCUUUUUUAUGGAAAUAUGCGUAAAGUUAUUCUUUCUGUGGUUGGAGAUGCUAGAGAUUCCAGUUUUAAGAGGGAUUGUCUUCAGCAGUCUCAAGGACAUAGCUUGGAAUCAGACAGACUUGGAAGCACUGAUACUCAUACCAAUACAACUUUGGAUGUUCUUCCAGUUAAAGGACCUCAAGGUCCCCCAUUAUCUUUAAAUACUGAUGACCCUGUUCAGAAUAAAUUGAUUUCUCGAGAGACAUGGGCCAUUCAGCCUGAACAUUUAAUUUUGACAUCUCCUUCUAUUAGUGGAACAGCAGAAACUGGACAUAUACAAAUAAUCAACAAUUGUAAUAGGUCAUUGAAAUUUGAACUUUCUUGGCCAGCUCAUUGUCUUACUAUAACACCUCAACAUGGAGUUAUUGAGCCAGAGACCAGUAUCUUAAUCCUUGUGAGUCCUAAUCCAUCACUUGCCACAAAGCCCUCAGUAUUUCCUUGGAGUGGUCUAAUUUAUGUACAUUGUGACAAUGGACAAAAGUUCAUUAAAGUUCAGAUUCGAGAAGACAUUGCCCAGGAUAUAUCUUCAACAGGCUCAGCAUCUAAAAAGCUUGAUGUCCUUACACCACCAACUGAGUCUGUCACUCAUAUGAUAAAACCACUUCCAAAGCUACCUUCAGCAAAAGUUGAAAUAAAGAACAGAGCUAUUAUUUUUCCUGAAACAAGAUUUGGUGAAAGCUCAGAAAACUACCUAGAGAUGGAAAAUAAUGGGAAUGAAGAUGUGAAGUGGCACUUGUCAUCUUUUGCCCCACCCUAUGUCAAGGGAAUAGAUGAAAGUGGAGAUGUUUACAGGGCUACCUACACAGCUUUCAGAUGUUCCCGUGUUUCUGGUACACUUGGAGCUCAUGGAAAAGAAAAAGUUGCUAUCACCUUUUUACCUAGGGAUAGAGGAGACUAUGCUCAAUUUUGGGACCUGGAGUGUCAUCCACUUGCAGAACCUCACAUGAAACAUAAAAUAAGAUUUCAACUUUCUGGAGUGGGUGCUAAAACAGAAAAUGAAGCUGUAAAUGCAAAAGUUUCAACAUGUGCCCUAAUAAAAACUGAAAUUCCAGUUAUGCCAAGAAGAAGAGCUGGCUCCGAAGCUUCUACACUUAAUACUGGGCUAAAUGAAGUCAUUCGAGGAGUGUAUGCCCAAGAAGAUCAUUAUACAUUUCUACCAACCAGAGUUGGGGAAUCAAGCACUUUAAAAGUCAAUUUACGGAAUAAUACUUUUAUUACUCAUAUGCUGAAGUUUGUAAAUCCCAGAGAGCCUUUCCACAUCAGGCACUUGAAAUAUUCUUUGAGAUCCCAGCAUUAUAUCAACCUGCCAGUCCAGUUCAAGCCAAAGUCAGCAGGCAAAUUCGAAGGUCUGUUGAUUGUGCACAUAGACAAAUAUGGCAGUCUUGGUAUUCGAUUACUUGGUGAAGCUCAUGCAAAAGAGUAAUUGGAGAGCAGCUUUAUUAAUAAUCCAAACUAAAUUAUUGAAGUAUUGGUGUUAUAUUUUCCUUACUAACUUAGUAAUUUUUUGUACAUUAUGAUGCUACUUUUAUGUAAAAUCUUUUGUAAGUUAAAUUGAGGUGAUUGUGAAAGCAAAGAUUCAUUUGUUAAACGUUCUAAAAUGAGGAUAAAUCACUUUGUAUGCUUAAAAUUAUCAUGUUCUAGCUUAUAUUUCUGCACCUUUUUAUAAGGGAGAAAAGUAUUCUAUUUCUUCAUUGAUUAUGAUUUGCUAAAUACAGAUUAUUUUAAAUUUAGUUCAGAAAUAAAUUUGUAAUUUGUAAUUCACAUUUUUUAAUAAAUGUAUUUUUCAUGUGAA